AUGAGCUGGAUGAACCAGCCCUAUGCUGGCGGCUACGGCCAACAGCAGUACCCGCAACCUACAGGCUACAUGCCCCAGCAGCUCCAGCAACAGCGCACUGGCUUUGCACCUCAGCCCCAGUUCCAGCAGCCGCAGCCGACCGGCUUCGCGGGCCAGGGCGCCAUGGGCGGCAUGCGCCCGCCGGUCCCGAUGCAGCCUCAGCCGACGGGCUUCAUGGGUGCGCCGAUGCAGCAGCGCCCGAUGCAGACGGGCUACGGCGGGCCAGGCGCACCGGCACCGCUCGUCCCGCAGGCGACCGGGUUCAACUCGAGCGGCCUCGGCGCCGGCGUGCAGAACCAGUUCCUCCAGACGUUCCUCCCCGCCGCCCAGUCGCACCCGUCGGCCUACAUGCAGCCGGGCCAGAUGCAGUUCGCCGCCCAGCAGCAGCUCCAGGCCCAGCCGACCGGCGUCGCCCCGGCCCCGUCGCUCCAGCAGCAGUUCCAGCAGUCGAACCAGCAGCAGAUGGGCCAGGCGAGCGUCCCGAUCCCGUGGAAGCUCACGCCCGAGGAGAAGAAGCGUUACGACCAGAUCUUUCGCGCGUGGGACCAGCAGGGCAGCGGCUUCCUGCCCGGCUCGAUGGCCAAGGAGGUGUUCGGCCAGGCGGGUCUGCAGACCGACGACCUCAUGGCGAUCUGGAACCUCGCCGAUGUCAGCGACCGCGGCAAGCUCAACAUCGACGAGUUUCACGUCGCCAUGGGCCUCAUCUAUCGUCGCCUCAACGGCAACCCGAUCCCGCAAACCCUUCCUGCCGAGAUGGCCCCUCCCUCAGCUCGCGACCUCGAGGACUCGGCCAACUUCCUGACGUCGCUCCUCAAGAACGACACGAACCGCCGCGCGACCAACCAGACCGACGUCGACGGCCCCCAGUCGCGCGCCAAGCUCCGCUCGCUCCACGAGUCGGGCCCGUCCGGCUCGAGCCGCAAGGACGCGACCGUGUACCGCAACGACGACGACGCGACGCCCGUCUACAAGAGCAGCUCGCGCCACCUCAACCGCGACGACGUGCGGUCGCGCAGCACCGACUCGCCGACGAGCGAGCUCGACGAGGCCAAGCGUCGCCUCCGCGAGGCGCAGCGCGAGGCCGAGCGUUCGCGCGAGGAGGACGACGACGAGGAGGACCUCAAGGAGGAGCUGCGCCGCCUGACGCGCAAGAUCCAGCGCGUCCAGGACGACCUCGACGACAACCGGCGCAGCGGCCGGCGCACGGCGGCCAAGGACGAGGAGCGUCGCAUGCUCGAACGCGAGCUGCUCCGCCUCGAGCACGACGACCUGCCGCGCCUCGAGAAGCGCCUCGAGGACAAGGAGCGCGAGAAGCGCCUCGACCGCAAGAAGCUCGCCAUCGAGCGCGACGGCCGCAACGGCCCGGCGUCGAGGCGCUACGAGGACAAGUACGACCGCGAGCGCUACGGCUCGUCGUCGCGGUACGACGACGACGAGCGCAGCUACUCGUCGUCGCGGCGCCGAGGCGACGACGGCGACGACGGCGAGGACCGCGGCUACAACCGCGGCACCUACGACCGCGACGACCGCGGCCGUUACGCGCCGUCACUCCCUCGCCGACAGAGCCCGUCGGCGCGCUCGCGCACCCCGCCGCCGCCACCUCCUCCCGCACCCUCGACCGCCAAGAUCGACGCUCCGCCUCCGCCUCCCCCGACCGCUCCGCCGACGACCGCCGCUGCGCCUGCCGCACCCGACACGCGCUCGAUGACGCCCGAGCAGCGUCAGGCGUUCAUCCGCUCCGAGGCGCAGCGCCGCAUCCAGGAGCGCCUGCGCGCCCUCGGCGUCGCCGCCCCGUCGGCCGCCAACGGCGUCGACACGUCGGUCCAGGACCGCCUCGAGGCCGACAAGCUCGAGGCGGCGCGCAAGGCGGCCGAGGCCGACGAGCAGCUCAAGGCCAAGGAGCUCGAGCGCCAGGCCAAGCUCGACCGCGAGCGUGCCAAGGGCGUCGCCGUCGAGCAGGCGCUCCAGGACACGCAGCGUGAGUCGCACGCCGUCCAGCAGGUGCGCGACGAGGUCGAGCGCGACGCGCGCGCCUUGCCCGGCCAGAGCAACGGCGCCGAGCCUCGCCAGGCCGUCGCCGCCGCCGAGGACCAGCUCGAUGCCGAGGAGAAGGCGCUGCGCGAGCGCGAGGCGCAGCUCGAGCGCGAGCGCGACGAGCGUCGCCGGCGCAUCGAGGACCUCGAGCGCGAGGCCAAGGAGGCCGAGGACAACUUUGCGAGGAGCAAGGCGGCGUUCCAGCAGGCGAGCACCAAGCCCAAGACGGCGCCGCCUCCUCCCGCAUCGCGCAAGCCUGCGCCGCCGCCGUCGCGCAAGGCGGCCCCGGCGCCUGCGCCAGCUCGCCCGCAGCAGGACGACGACGACGACUUUGGCGCGCCGCCGCCUCGUGCGUCCGCCCCGGUCGCCUCGCCGCCGCCGGCUCCUCCUGCGCCACCCAUCCCUCCUGUCGCACCGCCUGCACCCUCGGCCUCGGCGACGACGCUCUCGCCGCCGCCGUCGAUCGCGUCGCCGCAGGCCAAGAGCCCGAGCACCAACCCCUUCUUCCGCCUCCAGGGCGCCGGCGGCGGCGCGUCUCCCGCCGCCGCUACUGCCCAGGCGGGCAAGCCCAACCCGUUCUUCGCGGCCGGCGGCGCUCCUGCCGCCGCACCGCCCGCACCCGUCGCGCCGCCGGCGCCCAAGGCGCGUGCGCCUCCCGCCGACGACGACGACUGGGACGCGCCCGCCGGCCUCGAGAGGGACGUCGACGAGUCGGACAGCGACGACGAGCCGAUCGGCGGUGCCCGAGCGCAGCGUGCCGCACUCGCGCAGAACCUGUUCUCGGGCCUCGGCAUGGGCGGCGGUCGCUCGUCGCCGGCGCAGAACACGACGCCGCCGACCCGCUCGGCUGUCGCCACGCCUGCGCCGGCCGCAGCUGGCGGCGCUCCUCCUCCUCCGCCGCCGCCGCCUCCCGCCGCCCCGAGCGCGCCAUCGGCGCCUCCUGCGCCCAAGGCCCCGGCCGUCGCGCUCGGCGGCGCGGCGGGCCCCGCCGACCGCGGCGCCCUCCUCGGCGCCAUCCAGGGCGGGCUGCGGCUCCGCAAGGCGCAGACGGUCGACAAGAGCGGCCCUGUCGGCGCCGGCGCCGUCAUCGGCGACGCGAGCCCGCCCGUCCAAACGUACGCGCCGCCCCCUCGCGAGCCGACGCCGCCGCCUCGCGAGCCGACGCCCGAGCCUGCUGCGCCCGAGGUCGAGCCCGAGCAGUACGGCGCGAACGGCGACGGUGCCGAGACGCUCCCGGCCAUCGUCAGCGAGGACCCGCUCGCCAACGUCGACUUGAGCAAGACGAUCCGCGUCCGCUCGUUGUACGACUAUGACGCGCAGCGGCCCGAGGACCUCGGGUUCGUCGAGAACCGGGUCUUGCUCGCGCACCCGUCGCGCGACGGCGCCGGCGACUGGUGGUACGGCGCGACCGAGGUCGACGGCAACACGUUCGGCUGGUUCCCCAAGGCCUACGUCGAGGAGAUCAACGCUCAACCCGCACGUGCGCUCUACGCCUACGAGGCCACCUCGGCCGACGAGCUUUCGUUCGAGGAGGACGCGAUGCUCGCCGUCGUCGACUCGUCGGACGCGAGCUGGUGGAAGGCGGAGAAGGACGGCGUGGUCGGGCUCGUCCCGGCGACGUACUUUGACCUCUCGAAAGAGCUCGUCGUCGCGUCGUCCGCCGUCCCCGUCCUUCUCGACGCACCUCUCUCGCCGGUCCCGCCGACCUCGCCCAGCUCGCCGACUAGCCCGACCGAUGCCGACUUGAGCGACGACGACGCCGACAGCGACGAUGAAGGAGCCGUCGCCGCUCGCGAGGCCGAGCGCCUGCGAGUCCUCGCAGCCGCCGGGCUCCUCGUCAAACCUGCGGCCAGGCCGGGUUCGCCGAAACGGCGUCGUCGUCCGCCGCCUGCGCGCCCGCAGCGACGUCCGGGCUCGAUGGCCGUCGCGAUCGAGGAGCAGGCGCGUGCGUCGGACGAGCAGAAGGACGAGCAGGGCGAGCGAGAACCCGAGUUGGAGGAGGAGAAGAUGGAGGACGCCUACGACCUGUAUCAGCGCGCCAUGCGCGAGCAGCGCACGGCCUCGCUCGCCCCGACCGUCGACUCGCCCGCGGUUCCUCAGCCUUCCCCUCCCGGCUCACCCACCCUUUCCACCGCUCCUUCGACUACCGCCGCCGUCAAGGACGCCUUCCAGUCGUCCGUGAGCGGGUUCUUCAACCGGCGAGGGCGUUCGGCGACCGUAGGGAGCGAGAAAGCGAGACCGAUCAUCAGCGCGCCGCUCGCGCCUCAAGGCGACAACACGUCGCGUGACAGUCGGGCCAGUGGAGCUUUCGGAUCUACCUGGGCGAGCCUCGUCGACGAGGCGGCACUUGUCGACCUUCCCGACUCGGAGCGCAAGCGGCAAGAGGCCUGCUACGAGCUCAUUGCGACCGAGCAGAGCUACGUUCAGAGCCUGCAACUCGUCAUCGAGGUCUUCCUGACCGCCCUGCAGCCGAUCCUGCCCGAGAAGGCGCUCCAGGUCAUCUUUGCCAACAUCGACGACAUCCUGCUGUUCGACACGGUUUUCGUCUCCGAGCUCGAGGAGCGGCAACGACAAGCCCGGCUCUACAUCGACACGAUCGGCGACGUCCUCAAGGAGCACAUGCGCGGUGUAGCGCGCCACUACCGCCUCUUCUGCGUCAACCAGUCGAACGCGAUGAGGACCCUCGACGACCUCAAGCUGUCGAACGCGCCCGUGCGAGAGACACUCGACCAUCUACGGGUCAAGAACCUCGAGCUCGACCACUUCCUCCUCGAGCCGAUGCAGCGGGUCACGCGGUACCCUCUCCUCAUCAACCAGAUCCUGCGGUACACGCCUCCCGACCACCCGGACCACCCGGCGCUCUCUCGCGCCCUCGAGCUCGCCGAGGCGGCCCUCAACGACAUCAACGAGGCGGUGCGGGCACACGAGAACCAGGAGAAGCUCGUCUGGCUGAGCGACAACAUCGAGUUCCCAGGAAUCCCUGGCGGUCACCUCGACCUGAGCGCGCCGACCCGGCUACUUGGCCCUCGCCGCAUCCUUCGCGAGGGCAAAGUCGAGAAGGCCAAGUCGCGCCGCCAGCUCAACGCGUUCCUCUUCAACGACCUCCUCAUCUUCACCGAGUCGCGCCCUGGUGCUGGAGAGGUCGUUUAUCGCUACCCGAUCCCGCUCGAGGAGAGCUCCAUUCGCGGCGCCGACAGCGAGUUCAGCGUCACACAUCGUGGCGAGGCGAUCCGGGUCCGUGCCGGCACGCCUCGGCAGGCGCAGCUGUGGGUGCGCGAGGUCGGUGCCGCGAGGAGGGCGUGCCUCGAGGCGGUCAUGCGUCUAUAA